AUGGCUGAUGUGCACUUGUGGAAAGAGGAAGAGAAUGGAAAAAUCAAGUCUAGUGCGAUUUGGAACGUUAUUCGGGAGAGAGGUCAAUUAGUGGGUUGGGCUUCACUUAUAUGGUCCUCUAAAGUUAUCCCGAGACACCGGUUUAUACUUUGUCUUGUCUUCCGGAGAAGGCUUAACACUUGUGAUCGUAUUCUUGUUUACAUGGAUAUCCCGGAUCCUAGUUGUGUGCUUUGUAGUGGGUCCUUGGAAACUAUUGAUCAUCUUUUUGGAGGCUGCCCAUUUGCUAGAUCCAUUUGGAAAUUAUUCUCCUCGGCUAUGGGUAUUGGGAGUUUUUCGGAGUCUUGGGAUGAGAUCAUUAUUACUGCCCACACCUUCGCUAAAGAGCAUCAGCUAACAUACACGAACUACAUCAAUUGGGUGAUUCGUGUACAGACUAUGAUGGAGGACCAAGGAGUAUGGGAGGCAGUCGAGUCAGUAGAAGGCACAGAGAUUGAUGUCCGACUUGAUAAGAAGGCGAGGUCACAUCUUCUACAAGCACUUCCGGAGGAUCUUUUAAUGCAGGUGGCAAAUAAGAAGACGGCGAAGGAAUUUUACAACCUCGAGACGUUAACAUUUGAGGAAGCUGUUGGAAGGCUGAAGGUCUUCGAGGAGCGUACGCGCAAGAAAAACACAAACUUUGGAGGAAACGAAGGACAAGUGCUACUCACUCAGGAGGAGUGGAAGGCACAGUUGAAAAAGGACAAGGAAGACUCGUUGAACCAGUGGAAAAAGGAUUCCAUAGAUAGUGGGAACCGUGGUCAAGGAGGUAGAACCUGA